AUGAAAAUCGAGAUUGGAAGAAAGGCUGGAAACGCGGAUGCCGACAACGCCGACGAUGGCAACGUCAUUCGCCCAGACACCAUCGUCAAAAGCAUUGAAGAUUGGCUCGUUCAUCAAGCCAUGGACGAGUUUGGUCUUCCUGAAGAACAAAUCAAUAACUUAUAUGCAGUCGCUGCAGGCUUGCUUGAAGACGGCCAACAUCCCCGUUUGAUGCAGGAACUUGACAAUCUCGAUCAACAACCUGUGAAUCCCGUAUUUGGUGAAAACCAAGAGAACAAUGAUCCGAAUUGGGAACAGAGAGUUGCGCUUCAGGAACCAGGCGCGGCUAUGCGCCAAUUGGCAGAUGAAGUAAGGGAGUUGGAGGAGCGUGGCCGUAUGCUGCGGGAGGAAAAUCACAGCCUGGUCGAGGAACUUCGCAGAGUUAAUGAGGAACGUCAGGCAAUGAAUGAGGCUUUUCGAGCCAUCGAGCUUAAUCGUAUAAAUGAAGAACGUCAGGCCAUGGAUGAGGCUCUUCGAGCUAUCGAGCUAAACCGUAUUCUACAUGAGGAACAUCGCAAUCUGGCGGAGGCACUUCGCCGAAUGGAAGAUGUUGCAAGUGUGCGAGAACAUCAACAUGAGGUAGAGGAGGAUACUGUGCAAGAGAUUCCACAUGGAGAGGCCAAUCGUGUGCCGCAGGAUGAUCAUCAGAGGACUUUCUAG